AGGAGAAUAGGAAUUUGUGCGAAUCGGAGGACGAUAAAGCCGAGUGUAUCAAAGAAAUCGAGGAAGCCAAGGCAAUCCCUAUAGAAGAGGACAAUCUAGAUGAAUCUGCCGAUAGCAAGAAAGAACCCAAGCUAGAAGAGAAAACGAUCCCGGGGGAAGAUCAUUUAGUAAUGCUAGAAAGAGUCCGCAAGGAGUCUGAAGAGAAUAGAAAAUUUUGGCAAGAAGAAGCGAUGGCCAUGAACAAAUGGAGAAGACACUGGCUCGGCUAAAAAAAAACAACUAAGAAAAAAAAGACUUAUUAUUUUCUUUACCUCAAAUAGCUUUAGCAAUAAGGUGGCGGAAAAAUGUGAUUUCUAGUGUUGAUAUGAUCUCAAAUAGGGUUCACCUCCAUGAUAUUGUGAUUAAUUGAAAAUAAAACUUGAAUGCUUUAAGAGAUGUUCAAAACCGACACUGAUGCAAAACCGAUAGAUCAUUGGGAACCUGAAGCAUACUACAAAGGUUACCAGGUUACAAGCCUUUGUGAGACCUCAGUAAUAAAUACUCGAAUGAUAAAGAAAUAAACUAUUUUUAUCUGUUUCGUCUUAAACCCAGUCGCUCAGUGCUAGUAUACGUAAAUUUUCUUUCUGUUAUAGACUCAAUAUGAGUUUAUUAGCUACUCAAUCAACUGUUUUUAAACCUCUUCCUUUUUUGUCUGAUCUAUCAUGGCGGAUUGCGAAAAGAGAGUUUGAAUGCAAAUCAGUUUGGAGACAAACAAGGUACGUUUUGCCUGCUAUAGUGAGCUGAACAUGAGCGCGAAUAAGUCAUUUUCCCUAGAAUAUUGACAAUCAUAAGUAAUCCCCGUCUGAAAUGUCGAUCUGCUCAAAGGAAACUUUCACUGAUCGAAAA